UUUUGCUACUCUUAGUAAGGUCCCUGGGUCUCAGGUAAAUCUACUGCGCCGUCUCCAACGUAGGCAGUGGUGCAGUGCAGUGCAAAAUGAAAGCUAUCGUACAGCGGGUGCUCUCUGGGUCAGUGACGGUGGACAACGAAGUGAUUUCCUCCAUUGGAAAGGGACUUCUUGUUCUUGCUGCUGUGGCUCCCGAAGACACAGAGAAAGAUGCCGAGAAUCUAGCAAACAAGGUGUUGAAGCUCAGGAUGUGGGACGACGAUGCCGGCGCAAGGUGGAAGAAAACAGUUCCGGACAUUGACGGAGAAAUUCUCUGCGUGUCUCAAUUCACGCUCUUCGCCAAAAUUGUCAAGAACAAGCCGGACUUUCGCCUCAGCGCAGGAGCCGAGGAUGCCAAAAGGCUCUAUCACCAUUUCUUGCAAAAGUUGCAGGACAGCUACGCCGCCGACAAAGUCAAGGAUGGACGCUUCCAGGCUAUGAUGGCCGUGGCUUCCGUUAAUGAUGGACCGGUCACAUUUGAGCUCAACACAGAGUCGGCACCUAAGCCCUGAUCGCUCUCAAAGUCUUCCGGAUGCCAUUUGCCACGACCCAAGGUACUAAUCCAACGUCUCCUGACACAAGGCGGGGAUUUACUUGAGCAGAACCUAAGUACG